AUGCCGACCUCAAACCCCAAGCCCAAGAAGCAAAGCGGCAUUCCCAAAUCACGAACUUUUAACGUAUUUUCCAGCCUGACGUCUUCAUUAUCGCGCGCAUCGCUAUCCAGCAAUAACAACAACAACAACAGUCGCAGUGAUCUACGUCGCCAGAUAGGAUCGCCCAUAAUGGCUCCUCCCAACACAUUCGACGGCAACGCGUCUCUAAACGAAGGCAACAGUUCCCUAGGAGCAGCAAUUAUGCCGCCCAAUCAAGCUUCUACGCCCGCGGCCGCGCCCGCCCUCGCGACUAUACCCGUCCACCGCAACCCUCGCAUGGUCUACAAGGCCGAGACCCAAGCGUACUGGACCGGCCGCUUCGUCGCCAUGCAAGACAAGCUGCGCAGCGAGAACCUCCAUGGACGAAACCUAGCAAUCAUCACGACCGCCAUAUCAGGACAGGAGCAACUCCAAGCCUCUGCGCCGAAGCCCAAGCCCGCACCUACCGCUACCCCCGACGCCGCGCUCCCGACUUCCUACAGCAUGGCCUGCAUGCCGGACGUGACUCCCCAGCUCCUCUCGGGCGAUAUGGCCGCCAUCGUCCAGGCCGCGUCGGAAAUGACAGACGAAGACAACCGCACCCGCCGCGUAUUCCGCAACCUGGAGGCGCUUUGCGCGAACCGCUCUGCUCUCGACAGCAUGCACGAGUUCCAACAGGACUACGCGCGUCUCGUUGGCAAGAAGGGUCUCCUCCCGCCCGGCUCGUACUGGGACGACAAGGACAAGGAGAAGGAUAAGAAGGGCUGGGUUGGCCGCAUCUUCAGCGGCAACAAUAGCGGCAGCGGCAGCGGCAGCGGCAAGAAGAAGGGUAAUGGACCGCAGUAG